AUGGUCAAGGUCCAAUGGUCAAAUCAUAGCCCUGAAGAAGCUACCUGGGAACUGGAAGACGUCAUGAUAGAACGUUAUCCAGAUUUGUUCAACUCAAAAAGGAAGAAAAAGGAAUAUAAAGAAGGGCCUAAUGGGAAGAAAAGAGAAUUACCAGAAUAUAAAGAAGGGCCUAAUGGGAAGAAAAGAGAAUUACCAGAGUAUAAAGAAGGGCCUAAUGGGAAGAAAAGAGAAUUACCAGAGUUGCGAGAAGUGCCUAAUGGGAAGAAAAGAGAAUUACCAGAGUUGCGAGAAGUGGUGAUGGGCAGUCGCUUGUCUGAGUUGGGGAAAUGGGAAAAUGCCCAAAAGGGAAAUGGGGAAAUGGUCACGGGUGCUGCCUGUCUCAUUGUCUGCUUGUCUGGCAGUCUGGCUCACAUGGAAAGUGUUGGUGGGUCUGGAAGUCAACCUCCCUCUCAAAAUGUGGAACAUGAUAUGGGAGCUGAAGCUGUAGAGAAAGAUACAUCUCAGCAGCCUUUGCCUCCAUCUGUUCCUAAAAAAAGAAAAGAGGUUGAAACCAGAUCUCCUGUUUGGGAUCACUUUGAAAAAAUCAAGAACAAAGAUAACAUUGUUGUCUCAGCAGUGUGCAUAUACUGUAAAAAGUCUUACAAAUCUGAGUCCAAAAGACAUGGGACUUCUACUUUGAGAAAUCACAUUAUGACUUGCUUAAAAAAUCCUCACUCUAAGGAUACUAGGCAAUCUCUACUCACAUUCUCUCCUGCCCCUAGUUCUGGUUUAACUGAGUCUGAAGGUGCAGCAGGGGUUUUAGGAACCUGGGUUUUUGAUCAGGAGUUGAUUAGGAGAGCUCUUUGUGAAAUGAUUAUUGUUGAUGAGCUACCUUUUAGGUUUGUGGAGGGUCAAGGUUUUAGGAAAUUUAUUCUUGUUUGCUGUCCUAUGUUCAAAAUUCCUUCUAGAUGGACAGUAAGUAGGGAUAUUCUGAAAAUUUAUUCUGAUGAGAGGGUUAAUUUGAAGAAUUUCUUUAAGACUAGCUGCCAAAGGGUUAGUAUCACUACUGAUACUUGGACUUCUGUACAAAGAAUCAACUACAUGUGCAUUACUGCACAUUUCAUAGAUCAUGAGUGGAAGCUACAGAAAAAAAUCAUUUCCUUUGUCCCUAUUUCUUCACAUAAGGGGGAAUACAUAGCUAAGGCACUUGAAAGUUGCCUACUAGAGUGGGGGUUGAAGUCAAUUUUUUCUGUCACAGUUGAUAAUGCUUCUAGCAAUGAUACUGCCAUAGGGUUUUUAAAAAAGAAAAUGCUGUCUUGGGGUUCUACUGCAGUAAGGUGUAAGUAUUUGCAUAUGCGAUGCAUUGCUCACAUCCUUAAUCUGGUUGUGCAAGAUGGAUUAAAGGAAUCUGAUGAUUCUGUUAAGAAGGUAAGGGACUCUGUUAGGUAUAUGAGAAGCUCUCCUGCUAGGCUCCAAAAAUUUAGAGAGCUUGCUGACUUAAUUGGGGUGGAAGCCAAAAACUCUUUGGUUCUUGAUGUACCUACAAGGUGGAAUUCCACAUAUUUGAUGCUGCAUACUGCUUUGCUGUAUCAAAAGGUUUUUGAAGUGUAUGAAGAUUAUGACCCUUCCUUCAAAUCUGAUUUGGGUGGGAAUGUUCCUAAUUUCUUGGAUUGGGAGGUAGUAGAAGGGUUGGUGAAAUUUCUGAAAUCAUUUUAUGAAAUGACUGUUAGGAUAUCUGGUUCUCUGUAUGUAACUUCUAACACUUUCUUCUCUGAAGUGUCUGAUUUAUCUUGCAUACUUACUGGUCUAGUGGGAGCUGAAUCUGAUUCUGUUAAAGCAAUGGGGAUGAAUAUGAGGACCAAGUUUGAUAAAUACUGGGGUGAUCCAAACAAGAUGAAUUUUCUGAUUUUUUAUGGAAAUAUAAUGGAUCCUAGGGACAAAAUUGAAUACAUGCCAUAUCAGUUUAAUCAAUUAUAUGGUGAUGAAAAUGGCAAGUCCUUGUUUGAGAAGGUUAUGAAAGACUUGAAGGAGUUGUAUGUUGAUUAUGUGACAAGUUUCCCAGUCCAGUCUGAUCCUGUUCCUGUUGAACAGUCUGUUCCCCCUACUGUUUUGUCUGAUCCAGUUUCUCUUGGGAGACCCCAAUCUUUGUUAAAAUCUCAGUUAAAAAAACAAAGAUUGGAGAGUGGAGAAUUAGGCAGAAAGAAAACUGAGUUGGAAGUUUAUUUGAGUGAGGAAAUUAUAGAAGAGGAUGGUGAAUUUGACCUCUUGAAAUGGUGGAAGGUUAAUGCUGGAAGUUUCAUCAGAAUCAACCUUUAG